UUUUUCUUCCAUAAGUACCCCCUUAACAUUCUUCAUCCUCUUCACGCUUUACAACUUCCUAUCUUCAUCACUCUGUUUCUUCUUCAAAAAUGGAGCUCAGUCGUGUUUACUGCUUUUUAAUGUUAACUGCAUUCUUCACAACCGUCGUCAAUGCUCGUAUCCCCGGAGUUUACACCGGAGGCCAGUGGGAAUCCGCCCACGCCACCUUCUACGGUGGUAGUGACGCAUCUGGCACCAUGGGUGGAGCAUGUGGGUAUGGGAAUUUAUACAGUCAAGGGUACGGCGUGAACACGGCGGCGCUAAGCACGGCGCUGUUCAACAAUGGGUUCAGAUGCGGCGCUUGUUUUGAGAUAAAGUGUACGAACGACCCUCAAUGGUGUCACCCCGGCAGCCCUUCAAUUUUCAUCACCGCCACCAAUUUCUGCCCUCCUAACUUCGCUCAACCCAGUGACAAUGGUGGAUGGUGUAACCCACCUCGCCCUCAUUUCGAUCUCGCCAUGCCCAUGUUCCUCAAAAUUGCAGAGUAUCGUGCCGGAAUUGUCCCCGUUAACUACCGCCGGGUGGCGUGCCGGAAACAAGGUGGGAUAAGGUUCACCAUUAAUGGAUUCCGGUACUUCAACUUGAUUUUGAUCAGCAACGUCGCCGGUGCCGGAGAUAUCACGAUGGCAUGGGUUAAAGGUUCGAACACCGAUUGGAUGAGUCUAAGCAGAAAUUGGGGUCAAAAUUGGCAAUCAAACGCUCAGCUGAUUGGACAAUCGCUUUCUUUUAGGGUUAGAAGCAGUGAUGGUCGAUCUUCAGCCUCCAUGAACAUAGUACCUUCGAACUGGCAAUUUGGGCAAACUUUUACCGGGAAGAAUUUCCGGGUUUGAAAUUGGAUUCGGGUUUGGAUUGGCGGGUCAAAUUUGUCCAUUUUUAGUUUUAUUUUUAAGAAAUAGUAUUAUUUUGGGGGGAAAAUACGAGAGUGCUUUUUGUUGACUUUUUGACUAUGAAGAAGUGCUUUUAUGAUCCUUUGUAUUUUGUAAUGAAGCUGAAGUGGCUAUGCCUAAUUCUAGGGGCCCGCAGCUUUAAUUUUCUUUUAAUAUAAAAUAUACAUACUAUAAAAUAUAAAUCUUAUAAAUUUUAUGUUCA